UCCUCGUCAGAGACUUGUCGCAGUAGUCACAAUCUUGUCUGACUUGGUAAAGGUGCAUUUUAGGAGAACUUUGUACUGAGAAGAGUCAGUUCUAACACUACGAGGCUAUUUGGGGAUUACAUUUGAGCAGAUUUUAGAUUAUAAUUUGUUUCCAGUCACCGUAUCCUUGACUUUUUAAGGACAUGGGGUCAUUUUACUUCCUUCUCAUUCUUGUGAUCCUAGAAUGGACCACAAACACUGAAGCCCAAACCACGACCCAGUCUUCUAUGGCAACUUUGACAACGACAUCCCAAAGCUAUUCAACAUCGGAGACGACGACCCCGCCGUACUACACGACGAGCAGGCCGCCCUACACGACGAGCACGCCGUCCUACCCGACGAGCACGCCGUACUACACGACAAGCACGCCGUCCUACCCGACGAGCACGCCGUACUACACGACGAGCAGGCCGCCCUACACGACGAGCACGCCGUCCUACACAGCGAGCACGCCGUCCUACACGGAGAGCAGGCCGUCCUACCCGACGAGCACGCCGUACUACACGACGAGCACGCCGUACUACACGUUGACCACGUCGUCCUACACAGCGAGCACGCCGUCCUACACGGAGAGCAGGCCGUCCUACGCGACGAGCAGGCCGUCCUACACGACGAGCACGCCGUCCUACCCGACGAGCACGCCGUACUACAGGACGACCACGCCGUACUACACGUCGACCACGCCGUCCUACACAGCGAGCACGCCGUCCUACGCGACGAGCACGCCGUCCUACGCGACGAGCAGGCCGUCCUACGCGACGAGCAGGCCGUACUUCACGUCGACCACGUCGUCCUACACAGCGAGCACGCCGUCCUACACGGAGAGCACGGCGUCCUACACGACGACCCAGCCGUCCGCGGCUCCUCCCACUACCAUGACUUCGUCACCAAGAACACGUGUAGAAUCAACCAUAGCACCUGAAGCUCCUCCCACUUCCAUGACUUCGUCACCAAGAACACGUGUAGAAUCAACAAUAGCACCUGAAGCCCUUCCCUCUCAAAAUACAGGGUCGGUGGUUGGCCUCGGGAUAGUGGUAUUCUUUUUUGCUCUCUUCGGAAUAAUCGUUACAUUCUUUUACAUACGACUCAGGAAGGAAUUUGCCAAGUACAGGAAGAACUACCCGGCUCCCAAGAGCAUCCCUCCCAAGAACAUUCCUCUUCAAGAUGCCAACUUACCCGAGCAGAAUAGAUAUCACACCGUUGAAACCAAGAGCUCAGCCAAACCGGAGCACAGCUUGACGUAUGAGAAUCAUAAGAUUGUCGACCAACAGCAACACUUCAAUACCAAGGGCCCAAAGCGGGUCAUAGAUGAUGGUGAUGAAUACGCAUAUGCGAUGGAACUCUAUCCGUAG